AAAAAAAAACCCACCCUUCUACUUCUACCCCCCAUCAAACAAGGAAACAUUGAUCCAUCUUUCCUUUUCUGACUUUCUUAUUCUCACUCCAUUUCCGAUCAACCAGCACCCCAUUUUAGACCCAGUACAAUCAGCUAAAAUAUUUUUAGAAUUAUCAAGUGUCAGUCGGUGAUCGAUCGAUCGGUACACGAUGGCGGUUGUUGAAUCCAACGGUGUGUCAUCGAACAACCAGGUUGAAUCCAACGGUGUUGAGCAGUCGGAUUCUGCGGUUGUGCUUUCUGGGUCAAAUGAUAAUAAUAAUAAUAAUAUUAAUAAUGAUAAUAUUCAUGAUGAAAACGGCGGUUUGAUGAAUGGAAAUGGUACUGGAUAUAAUCAUCAUGAACAACGUCAUGAGGAUGAGGGUUUUAAGAAAGAAAUGAGAGAUUUGGAGGAUAUUUUGUCGAAAUUGAAUCCGAUGGCUGAAGAAUUUGUGCCUCCUUCGCUGUCUAACAAUGGUUAUAAUGGAGGUGUGUUGUAUUCACCAGUGGCAGCAGCAGCAGCAGCUGGUGGUGGUGGUGGUGGCAACGUCAAUGGUGGUUCGAAUGGACGGAAGAAGGGUAAUUUUGGUAAUGGAAAACGGAGAAUGAAUAGCCGAACCGAUAUGGCACAACAAGAAGAGGCUAUUAGGAGAACAAUUCAUGUAUCCGAUAUCGAUCAGCAGGUUACUGAAGAACAACUUGCAGCACUAUUUACUAAUUGCGGGCAGGUUGUUGAUUGCCGUGUAUGUGGCGACCCUAAAUCAGUUCUUCGUUUCGCUUUUAUCGAGUUUACCGACGAGGAAGGGGCAAGAAACGCAUUGAGUCUUGCUGGAACAGUGCUUGGUUACUACCCACUUAGGGUGCUGCCUUCAAAAACCGCAAUCGCACCCGUAAAUCCAACUCUUCUGCCACAAUCCGAGGAGGAACGGGAAAUGUGUGCAAGAACUAUUUAUUGUACUAACAUUGAUAGAAAGGUUACUCAGGCGGAUGUCAAACUCUUCUUCGAAUCAUUUUGUGGAGAGGUUUACCGUUUGAGAUUGCUUGGAGACUAUCAGCAUUCAUCACGGAUUGCAUUUGUGGAGUUUGUGAUGGCUGAGAGUGCAAUUGCGGCUCUGAACUGUAGCGGUGCUGUAUUGGGAUCAUUGCCGAUAAGGGUAAGUCCUUCAAAGACACCUGUUCGUCCACGUUCAGGUCGCCCUCUACCAUGAGUCGACACCCUAUGCCAAUAGCGACAUCUAAAUAUACGCACGCAGAUACACAAACAUUGUUCAAAUCUAUGUUCUUCGUUUGUGUUUGAUGAAUUUUGGAACCUAAGUAUGUCCACAGGUUUCUUUUAAUAUAGAAGCAUACCAGAUUUGUGCGAAAUCUGGUUUAUAGCAUUGUUAACAACGUUCUUUAUAUUACUAAUGAAAAAUUUAAGUUUCAAUAUUCCAA